AUGAAGCAAACCAAUCGCAAUUCCGCCAACGUCAUGGCAUUAUGGGAACGAGCGGACAUUCCAACUAAAUUGAAAAAAGAUGUCAUAAAGAAGAUAAAGGACAAGAUUAAUGAGUGGCAAAAGUUGAAAAAAAAUAAAGAAUAUAAAGUCAAACGGUCUGAAGGUCUACGAAAUAAAGAAAAGGAGUGGCAAGAUAGUUUGGAAUACCUGUUUAACAUAGCGCACGCUGAUGCUCUAAACAAGAUUACCAUUGAAGAAGAUAGACUAUUUUAA